AUGCUGAGCCCCUCCUUUCUCUCGUGGCUGUCACGGCCGCUGUUGCUGCUGCUGCUCCUGUCGCCGUGGCCAAUCUGGGCUCAAGCGCCUGCCGAGGUCCCCCCGACGGGAACCCCGGGCUCCCGGGACUGCCCUGAGGCGUGCGCGUGCGCGCCAGGCGGCCAGGCCAACUGCUCCGGGCGCGCGCUGCCCACGGUGCCGGAGGGACUGAGCCUGCGCGUGCGCGCCCUGCUGCUGGACCACAACCGCGUGCGCGCGCUGCCGCCCGGAGCCUUCGUGGGCGCCGGGGCGUUGCUGCGCCUGGACUUGCGCGAGAACGGACUGCGCCGGGUGCACGCGCGGGCCUUCUGGGGCCUGGGCGCGCUGCGGCAGCUCGAUCUCAGCGCCAACCAGUUGGAGGCGCUGGCGCCCGGCACCUUCGCGCCGCUGCGCGCGCUGUGCAAUCUCUCGCUGGCGGGCAACCGGCUGGCGCGCCUGGAGCCCGCGGCGCUGGGCGCGCUCCCGCUGCUGCGCGCGCUCAGCCUGCAGGACAACGAGCUGUCGGCACUCGCGCCCGGCCUGCUGGCCGGCCUGCCGGCGCUCAACGCGCUGCGCCUGCGCGGCAACCCCUGGGCCUGCGGCUGCGCACUGCGCCCGCUCUGCGCCUGGCUGCGUGGUCACCCGCGGCCCGCGCCAGAGGCCGAGACGUUGUUCUGCUUGUCGCCGGGGCGCCUGGCGCCCAGCCCCUUGACCGCCUUCCCCGACGCCGCUUUCAGCCACUGCCUGCAGCCGCUCUCCGCGCGGGACCUCGCCGUGAUCUACGCGCUCGGGCCCGUCUCCUUUCUCGCUAGCCUGGCCGUCUGCCUGGCGCUGGGCUCCGUGCUCACCGCCUGCCGCGCGCGCCGCCAACGAGCAGCUGCCCGCUGCCCGCGGAGACCUCAGAACCUCGGCCCCGGCUGGGCCUCGCCUGCGCACUCGGGGGCGGUGGGGGUCCCGCCGCCACCGCCCGGAUCUGCAUACUGA